AUGGCUAAGCUGACCCCUGCCUUUCCUACCUCUCAAAACUUCAGAAGUCCCUGGAAGAAGGCAGAUAGAGCUGUGACCCAGCCUCUUAUGUCUAGGCCACUGAUGCUGCACCUCUGCAGGCAACUUGUUGAAAAGAAAUCUGGCGGCGUCACCACCAUUCCCAAGAGAGAGGCGGAAGGGGAUGUUAAUGGGGAUGAAGCUGAAGUGAAUGAUGAACCACAGAAAUUUUCCAGGUUAUCUGUUAAAUUUGCUCCUCCAAAGCCAGAGCCCAAGGCUAAAAAGGCUCCUGAAAAUAAAGGAGAAAAUGUAUCCAAAGGGAAAUAGGGCAAAACUGAUGAGAAUAACCCUGCAGAAAAAAGAGAUGCCAAAACAGACCAGUCACAGAAGGUUGAAGGUGUGGGAGAUGCCAAGUGA